AAAAAAACAAAAACGCCAAAUAACCAUAAACAAAGUCAAACUUUUUAUACAACUAAAACAAAAACAGCCUACAUUUUUAAAAUAUUUCCGUAAAUGAGUUUGUAAAUAUUGGGACAGUCUGGCAAGAAACGUACAGUUGCGAUUGAGCUAUAUCGCCCUGAUCGCCCAAAAACCCAAAAAAUAUGGCCGACUGUUCAUUUGCCAGAUGUGUGCAAGAGCGUAUGCUCAUCAAACGGGAACUAUUGAAGUGGUCCAAGAAAAUGCUGCACACUGUGGGCUUAGAACGCGUUGCUGAAGAAUUUAUGGGUCGCAGGCAAUGGAAACAUUAUCAAGAGCAACUGACGCGCAGCCACUUGAAUAUCGAGGAGCAACAGCCCAUAGCAAUAAUAGCCGGUUCCGAGGACGAGCCACCGCAAUACAACCACAGCCACAGCAGCAAGGAGUUCAACCAGAGCAGAAACCCCAACCACAGUAAAACAGAGAACCACCGUCUAGAAGAGCGGCACCACAACGGCAGCCUGCAGCUGGAAGAAGAUUUUGAGAACAACCAAACAUCACACGAUUCAUCACGUACAGCAACACCGGGAGCCACCUGGACAAGUACACCAUCACCACCGCCAGAACCCAACGAUUGGAGACCGUCGGCCAAGUGCAAUUUCUGUGUUAACGGUCGUCUGCUAACGGUCAACGCCCAGGGCGAAUUGGUGGCCGAAACAGCAGCAACAGCCACUAGUAGUAGCACUAGUUAUAGCCACAUUCAUCAGCACGACAGUGACAGCAACUCGAGCGCAUCACUGCCCCACCACAGCAGCAACAGCAGCAAUACCAACAACAACAGCAACAACAAUAGCAGUGGCAACAGGGCUCGCCACAUUGCUGCUGCAAGACCCACAGUGGCAACAUCCGCCAAUUCCCUCGAACUGUACAAGCUGCUGACCCAGCGGGCAGCCAAAAUGACAUCGAUGGACUCGAUGGCCGCCCAGCUGGCGCAAUUCUCACUGCUGGCCGACUUCAAUCUGAUCAACUCACUGGCCAGCCAGCAGCAACAGCAGCAGCAACAACAGCAGCAGCCGCAGCAACAGCAACAGAUCGCUAGUUCGGUAACGCCAACUACCUCAGAAGUAUCUGCAGCCGCAAUCAGUCCCGCACUCAAAGAUACACCCAGUCCCAGUGCCGAUGCACCGCUCGAUCUUAGCAGCAAGCCAUCGCCGAACUCAUCGAUUAGCGGCGAUGUGAAGUCCGUCAGAGCCUGUGCCACGCCUACGCCGUCGGGAAGGAGGGCGUACAGCGAGGAGGACCUGAACCGAGCGCUUCAGGACGUGGUGGCCAACAAGCUGGGGCCGCGGAAGGCGGCCAGCCAGCACCAUGUGCCGCGCUCCAUUCUGGUCAACCGGCUGUUCAAGAUGCAGCACGAUUUGGACCAGGAGCCGGAUGCCGAUGGCGAUGGCGAUGCUGAUAACGAUGCCGAGGAGCCAGAGGAUUCCAACGACGACGGCGAGGCGGAAGUGGACAGCAAUGCCUCGACUCCGGCGCCGGCAUACUCGCAACUGCGCAAGCUGAGCCACCUCUCCGAGCACAAUGGCAGCGAUCUGGGCGAGGAUCUGGACCGGGGAUCGCCGAAAAUGGGUCGCCAUGUGGGCAGCGCCAGUGGAAAUGCCGGCGGACUGCCCUCCAUACCGCUGGACGCCAAUGUCCUGCUGCACACUCUGAUGCUGGCUGCCGGAAUCGGAGCAAUGCCCAAGCUGGAUGAAACGCAGACGGUGGGCGAUCUGAUCAAGGGUCUGCUGGUGGCCAACAGUGGCGGGAUGAUGAACGAGGGUGUGCUCAAUCUACUGUCCGCCAGUCAGGAGGGCAGCAAUGGCAAUGCCUCAUUGCUGCAACACCAGCAGCAGCAACAUCACCAUCAACAGCAGCAACAUCAUGCUGCGGCCGCCUAUCGACAUCGCCUGCCCAAAUCGGAGACUCCGGAAACGAACUCCUCGCUGGAUGCCAACGAUGCCAGCGAGGAUCCCAUACUGAAGAUUCCGUCCUUUAAGGUCAGUGGUCCGGCCAGCAGCAGCAGCCUGUCGCCGGGCGGACCACUGGGUGGCCACCAGCACCAUCAUCCGCUGAACAAUAACAACAAUAAUAACAACAACAAUAACAACAAUAGCCUCAGCCUGAGCAUCGGCAACAGCAGCAACCACAGCAGCAGCAAUAGUCACCGCAACGGCAGCAAUCGCAGUCCCCACUCCGCCUCGCCCAUGCUGGCAGCCGCCGUGGCCCAAGCCGGCUACUCCGGCGGCUCCACCUCGUCGAGCAUUCAGAUAAUGAUGGCCAGCAAUAUCCAGCGGCAGAUCAAGGAGCAGAGUGGCCAGGAUGGCCUCCGAAACGGCAAUGCCAGCGAUUGCAGCAGCAACAACGGUGCUGGCGGCGGCGGCGGCGGCUCCUCCUCCUCCUCAUCGCUGGGCUACAAGAAGCCCAGCAUUUCGGUGGCCAAGAUCAUAGGCGGCACCGACACCUCCCGCUUCGGGGCCUCACCCAAUCUGCUGUCGCAGCAGCACCACCCGGGCCACCAUCAUCUCAGCCACCAGCAGCAGCAGCAGCUGAGCGCCCAGGAGGCAGCUGCUCUGGCGGCGGGCAAGGGAACACGCCCAAAGAGGGGCAAGUACCGUAACUACGACCGCGACAGUCUGGUGGAGGCGGUCAAGGCCGUGCAGCGUGGCGAAAUGUCGGUGCAUCGGGCGGGCAGCUACUACGGCGUACCGCACUCCACGCUAGAGUACAAGGUCAAGGAGCGGCACCUGAUGCGUCCGCGCAAGCGCGAGCCCAAGCCGCAACCCGAUCUGGUGGGUCUGACGGGGCCGGCCAACAAGCUGCAGCUGGACAAGCUGAAGGCCGGUCCCCAUGGUGGCUCCAAGCUGAGCAAUGCCCUAAAGAACCAGAACAGUCAGGCGGCCGCAGCGGCGGCGGCAGCAGCAGCAGCAGCAGCGGCCGUUGCCACGCCCAAUGGCCUGAAACUGCCGCUGUACGAGGCCGGCGCCGCCCAGCAGUUGUCGCAGUUUCCGCCCAACAUGUUCUGGCCCCAGCCGAAUGCCGCCUCGAAUGCCUAUGGCCUGGACUUUAGCCGCCUCACGGAGGUCAUGCGCAGUGCCCCCAUCUCGGGCGGUCACCAUGGCCAGAUGAAGAGUGCCCUGGAGAUGGCGGAGAACAUGUACGACGGCAUCAUCCGCAAGACGCUGCAGUCGAACGAGGGCAAUGGCAGUGGCAGUGGCAGUGGCACUGGCUCAACGGGCAAUGGCAGUAGCAAUGGCAAUGGCCAUGCAUUGCUCGAUCAGUUGCUGGUGAAGAAGACCCCCUUGCCGUUUACCAAUCAUCGGAAUAAUGACUAUGCCGCCACCUGUUCGAGUGCCAGCGGGGAAAGUGUUAAGCGGUCGGGCAGUCCGUUGGGCAACUAUGCGGACAUCAAGCGGGAACGGCUGAGUGCCGACAGCAAUGCCAGCAGCGACGAGGAGCAGCAGCACCAUCCACACCCACAGGCACACCACCUGCAUCUGCAUCACCACUCCAGCGGCAGUAGCCAUAUCAACAACAACAACAGCGAUCUGGCGCACAACAAGAACAAAAGUGGCAGUGGUGGUGGUGGUGGUGGUGGCAAUGGCCAGACCAAUGGAAAUGGCCGGAGCAGCAGGAUGACAUCGCGGGAUGACUCCGAAACGGAUGCCAGCAGCUUGAAGAGCGGCGAAAGUGGCAACGGCCAACACCAAAACCACAAAAUCAUGGAUCUCAAUGGCAGCAGCAGCAGCAGUCACAUCAAGUGCGAAACGGACACGGGAAUGGGAAUGGGAAUGGAAACGGGAACGGGUGCGGACAUCGGCGGACACACAUCCAGCAUACUGCACGAAAAGCUGGCCCAGAAGAUCAAGGCCGAGCAGGUCGAUCAGAUUGAUCAGAUUGACCAUUCGGAGCAGUUAUAGGAGCCACCAUUGGCCACGAAUCCAGCGUUCGCCUGGCCACCGCUGGCCGCCCACUACUACAGCUUCUAGAGGGGCAAUCAAACA